UGACCGGUCGGAGGAAGGUGAAGGGGUCGGCUUGGUUAUAGAACUGAGUAUGGCAUGUGCAUGUGUGUGCUCUUAUCUGUGUGGCUUUGUAUACAUACGUUUAAUUGGCAAUUUAGGCUGUAAGCAACUCUAAGCCUAGAAUGCUGUGGAAUAGGAUUCUUCACCGAUGUAAAAGAUGGGCAGCAGUCCUAAACAACCAAGAGCUAAUGAGGCAGUGGGUGAUGCUUUAAGUAAAGUGUUUUUAAGCAUGCUUUGGCCCCUCCCUUGCUUUUGCAAUGGGAAAGCGAGAGCUCUUCUGGAGCCUGAUCAAGUUACUUUGAGGAGCAUCUCUGAACUUAGUAGAAGGUUGUUGGCAAACAACAGUGUCCAGCGCAAGUCACCUGGAUAUUCAUCCCGCAAGAAUAAUACUUCAGCCACCUGCUUUGCAACAUCAAUCAUUGAUUCCAGAUAAGGAUUCUAAAACACAACAACAGACACGCACAAUGAGAGGGGACGUGCUGUUCCUCACUGCACUCCAUGCCACGCUUCUUGCUUCAGCACAAGUUGCAGCUCAGAAAAGGGGGAGAUCAAUAUGCACCAAUGUUUACUUGGCUGACAUCGUAUUCCUGGUGGAUGGAUCCUCUAGCAUUGGAAGAGCAAACUUCCGCAUGGUCCGGUCCUUCAUGGAAGGGCUAGUUGUUCCUUUUGUCAAUGUGGUGGGUGAGAAUAGGGUGCGUUUUGGAGCCGUGCAGUACAGUGAUGAUCCCAGGACGGAGUUCACGUUCUCCGACUUCCUCAAUGGGACUGAUGUGAUGAGAGCUGUUCGAGAGAUGGCUUACAAGGGUGGAAAUACACGAACUGGUGCAGGCCUCCGUUUUGUGGCAGACAACUUCUUUGGAUCCAACCAGCUGAGACCAGAGGUUCCAAAGAUAUGUAUCCUCAUAACAGAUGGAAAGUCUCAGGAUGAAGUUGACCAGGCAGCAUCGAAGUUGAAGAAUCAAGGGAUUAAAGUCUUUGCUGUGGGCAUCAAGAAUGCAGACCGUAAGGAGAUUGACAGAGUGGCCUCCACACCCACUGAAGAUUAUUCUUUCUAUGUCAAUGAUUUUAAAAUCUUGGCCACUCUGCUGCCAUUGGUGUCCCGGAAGGUGUGUGCCAGCACAGGGGGCAUACUACAGAUUCCAGGCACACAGGCCUACGUUGGCCCUUCCAACCUGGUGUUUUUGGAGCAACGCCCCGACAUGCUGAGAAUCCGCUGGACUGCGGCCGGGGGCCCUGUCACGGGCUACAAGGUCCAGUACGUCCCUCUCACGGGCCUGGGGCAAGAAGUCACGGCCGAGAGACAGGAGAUUAGUUUGGGACCCGAUGAGACUAGUACUGUGCUCAGUGGUUUGAGGGCAGGGACAGAUUACCAGGUCACUGUUAUUGCCCAGUAUACCAACAUCAUUGGAGAAUCAGUUUCCGGGAAAGGACGCACCCAGGUACUAUCUGGAGUGACAAAUUUUCGGGUCUUAGAAGCAGGACCAUCCUUCCUUCGACUCUCUUGGGCAGGUGAUCUGGGCGCCAUACAGGGCUACAGGCUCACAUAUGCAGCAAGAGGUGAAGCUCAAGCAGAAGAGGUGAAUCUUGGCGCAAGAGUUACAUCAUUCUUGCUCAGCAACCUUCGCCCGAACACUGACUAUGUGAUCACUCUCUAUCCCAUCUCACCACGUCAGACGGUAGCACCUGCUGUAGUUAGUGGCCGAACAUUGAGUCUGACAGGGGUGCAACAACUGUCUGCCCAGAACAUCUCCUCCCAGGGCAUGCUGGUGACCUGGCAAGGUGUGAGUGGAGCAACAGGAUACCGUAUUACCUGGGGACUCCUCUCUGGCCAGGAUAUUCAAACAGCUGACGUGGAUCCUAGCAAAAAUUCUUACUUAUUGACUGGACUGCAGCCCAACACUGAUUACCUGGUGACUGUUGCUCCAAUCUAUGGACAAGUGGAAGGGCCAAAAGCUUCCAUUAGAAGGAGAACCGAAAUAGUCCAGACUUUAAGAACAGUCACUAUUGACCCAACAUCAAUUCAAGUGGCCUGGAAUAUCAUCCCUAAUGCCCGAGGCUAUCGGCUGGAGUGGAAAAAAGCAACAGGUGUGGAGCCCCCCAAGACUGUGUCCCUUCCUACCAACGAGAACAGCUAUACUCUGACAGCCCUGCAGCCAGGCACUGAAUAUUACAUCACCCUCUAUACCUUGUAUGAUGGCAAGGAAGUGGCCACACCAGUUACCAUCUCACAGACUGAGGUGGCAACUGUGGGCAGUGUCUCUGACUUAAGGAUCCUUGAGACCUCAGGAAACAGAGUCCAAUUGGCAUGGACGGGUGUUCCAGGAGCCACAGGUUAUAAGAUUGUGCUACGCAAUACCCAGGAUGGCACGGAGAAGGUUCGACGUAUCCCAGGCUCUCAGACAACUGAGGACCUAGUUGAUCUGAGAGAGGAUGUCUCCUAUGUGGUGCGUGUGUCAGCUCUUAUUGGCAGUCGUGAGGGCAGUGCUGUUCCUCUCACCAUACGAAUCCGUCCAUCAGUCAUAGGCAGCGUGUCUAACUUGCGCAUAGUGCCAGGGGGACCAGGUCGCGUCCGACUGCUGUGGACCCCCGUUCCCAGGGCCACUGCUUACAGAAUAGUGAUUGUCAACACUCAGGAUGGCUCUGAGAUGGUCAGACAAAUCUCCGGUGACGAAAAUUCUUUGGAACUGCGAGAUCUGAAGGAUGGCAUUGUUUACUUGAUACGAAUGACAACAGUAUCAGGCAGCCAAGAGAGCACCCCUGCCACCAUUCGUUUCCAAGUGGAGCCUCCAUCUGUGGGCACCAUCACCAGUGUGGAGGCAACUGCAGUGGGACCCAAUCAAUUGCGAGUGACAUGGAGUCCAGUUGUCGGAGCAACAGGCUAUAAAGUGACAUGGCGAACAAGAGAUGGUCAAGAGAUAUAUCGAGUCCGUCCUGCUGAUAUAAACUCCUACACUAUCGAGGGCCUGAUGCCUGGGGUGGUCUAUAUUGUUGGGGUCUCAGCCUUGGUUGGCAGCAGAGAAGGGAAUCCAACCACCACCACAGCUGCAACAGCUUCUGCUCAAGUUGGAAUGGUCACUAGCCUUAGAGUCCUUGAGUCUCAAAAUAACGUGGUACGGGUCACGUGGGUCGGUGUGCCUGGAGUUACAGCAUACAGAGUGGUUUGGAGCCGGCGCGAUGGUGGGCCUGAAAACAGCCAGAUGGUCUCAGGAAACACAAAUUCGUUUGACCUUGUGAACCUGGAAGGAGGAGUUAGUUACACAGUGAAGGUCACAGCAUUGAUUGGCAAUCGUGAAGGGGACCCUGUCUCCAUCAUUGUCACUACAACAACAGUCCCAAUUCAGCCAGUUGGGAAUCUACGUGUGACUGACUCCUCAGAAAGGCGUAUCCGAAUAGAAUGGAGCCCAGCACCUGGGAGCACAGGCUAUCGGCUCACCUGGAGGCUAGCUGGUGGUGGACCAGAGAGCAGCCAGCUGCUGCCAGCCAACAUCAACACCUAUGACAUUGAAGGCUUGCAGCCGGGAGGGCGAUACGAAAUCCGCAUCACAAGCUUGACAGGAAACAGGGAGAGUGAAGCUGUGGCUAUUGUUGCCAACACAGCUGCCACAGGCCGUGUAUCCAAUUUCAGAGUAACAGACACACAAAAGGAUUCAGUGACCUUGUCUUGGACUCCAGUUCCUGGGGUCUCUGGAUAUCUCCUCACAUGGAAGUCUCUAAGAGAUGGAAGGGAGACACAAAGAACACUGCCAGGGUCAGCAACAUCCCACCAAGUGUCUGGGCUGCGUCUGGGUGAGAGAUACACCUUCACUAUCCGCCCGCUGUUUGGGAGUGUUACAGGUGCUGAGGCUUCUCUUACUGACCGCACAGUUUGCCGAGACGGCCGCAGUGACAUCGUUUUCCUUGUACACGCAACCCGAGACAAUGCUUACAAUGCAGAGGCUGUACGAAGUUUCCUCUCCAACACUGUCUCUGCAAUGGGCCAACUGGGCCCUGGGGCCAGACAGGCAGGCAUUGUGCUUUACAGCUACAGAGCCCUCCCAUUUCUUCUGCUCAACCGAUCUAGUGACUUAGAAACUGUCCUGCAGAAUAUCCGCGCUUUCCGCUAUGAGGAACCGAGUGGCAAUAAUAUUGGAGCUGCCAUUAAUUUUGCCAGGAACUACAUGCUGAGUGCCAGUGCAGGACGCAGGCCUGGUGUGCCAGGAACACUGGUGAUAUUGGCAGAUGGGCCAUCUGGUGAUGAUGCCAUUGGACCAGCCAGAGAGAUUAAGGCAGCUGGGAUCCAGGUGCUGGCAGUGGGCAUGGAUGGGGCUAAUCGUGAGCAGCUGCGCCGCCUGGUAACCAAUGAAGAUCCUCGCAAUGUUUUCUUUGUGAGAGACUCAAGGAGUUUGCCAGAGGUGGAAGAGGGGCUUGCCAGUGCCCUCUGCAGGUUAUCUAUCACCGAAGGGCCUAGACCAGAGCCAUGUGUAGUGCAGUGUCCAAGGGGUGAGAAAGGCGAGCCUGGAGAGACUGGACAGAGAGGACUCCCGGGGCUUUCUGGGCCUCCUGGAACUCCGGGACGCAAUGGGGUCCCAGGUCCCCCAGGCCCAGUGGGACCUCGUGGGCCUCCUGGUGAUCCCACUGAUGGGCGGGGUGAGAAGGGAGAAAGGGGAUUACCAGGAACAAAUGGCAUACCAGGGAAUCCUGGCCGAACUGGGUCUCCUGGUCCUCCUGGACAACCUGGUGGCCCUGGCCUUCCUGGUCUCAGAGGAAUCCAGGGAGAACGUGGAAUAAUUGGCCCAAUUGGUCCAAAAGGAGAGAAGGGUGAACCGGGGGAUCCUGGUGAGAUUGCUGGUGGAGGAGAUAGGAUUCCUGGCCGGAAGGGAGAGCCUGGCAACCCAGGAAACCCUGGACCUCCUGGAAAUUCAGGGCCAAGGGGACCAUUUGGUGAUCCUGGCCCCCCUGGACCUGUGGGACCUCCUGGGGCAACAGGACCUCCUGGCGAGUUUGUCAAGGGUGAGAAGGGCGAGCGAGGUGAGCGAGGCCCUCCUGGACCAGGUGAUGGGUCUGCGGCCAGAGGAGAACCAGGUGUCCCAGUGAGUACAUACUUUGCCAUGCUUUGCCUGGAGAGCUGCAGGGGGGAUAGAAAUGGUUUGCCUGGAGAUCCUGGGCCUAGAGGACCAAUUGGUCCACCAGGACAGAAAGGUGAAAAGGGGGACGGAGAAGAAGGUUUUCCUGGACCACCUGGACGUACUGGAGAUCCAGGAGAUCGGGGCCCUAGAGGACCUCCAGGUGAACAAGGAAGCAAGGGAGACCGUGGACAGUCCGGUGAAGUUGGGCCAUCAGGAGAGAAGGGAGAGCGUGGAUCACCUGGACCUGAAGGAGAGAAGGGAGAACAAGGACCUGCAGGCCGCACUGGUCCACCAGGCAGAGAUGCCUCGCCAGGACCACCUGGGCCUCGAGGGGAAAGGGGAGAGCAAGGAGAGCCUGGUGUACCUGGUAAACCAGCUACCAGUCUUUCAGGAAUCAAAGGAGACAAGGGGGAAAGGGGCUCUGAAGGACCAGAGGGGCCACCUGGGCCGAGAGGGGCCACUGGGAACAAAGGAGAACGUGGACCUCAGGGACUCAGUGCACCUGGUCCACCUGGUCCAAAAGGAGAACAAGGAGACAGGGGCAUUGUUGGACUAACUGGUAAAGCUGGCCCAAAGGGUGACCCAGGAGACCCCGGGGAAAGGGGAGAGUCAGGAAGACCAGGGCCUGCAGGACAGACUGGCCCACGAGGAAAAGAUGGGGAAAGAGGUGACAAGGGAGAUGAAGGGACUCCAGGAGAACCAGGUCCACCUGGCAAACCAGGAGACAGAGGACUACGGGGUCUACCAGGGAAUCGAGGGCCACCUGGUGAGAAGGGGGAUCAAGGGGACCCAGGUGAAGAUGGGAGAAAUGGCAGUCCUGGAGCAACAGGCUCAAAAGGAGACCGAGGAGAUCCUGGACUGCCAGGACCUCCGGGCCAGGGAGUAAGUUACAUGUUUUUCUCUCCUACAUUUUGUUUUGAUUUCACAGUGGUUGGUGUGGGAGCUGUAGGAGGAGGGCAAAAAGGCGAGAAGGGGGAUCCAGGAGACCCAGGAGAGGAUGGGAUGAAAGGUGUGAAAGGAGAAGCCGGUUUACCUGGGCUGACAGGAGAACGGGGAAUUGAAGGUCCCAGAGGUCUCCCUGGAGUUCGUGGUGACACUGGAGAUCGAGGCCCAGUAGGAGAGAAGGGUGACCGAGGCCCUCCAGGUUUAGAUGGUCGGAAUGGGCAAGAUGGAAAGCCUGGGCAAACGGGUCCUGCAGGCCAAAGGGGUGACCAAGGGAAGCAGGGUGACCCUGGCCGAGAUGGUCUCCCAGGUCUACGUGGUGAGCAGGGUCUUCCUGGAGCAGUUGGCCCACUGGGACCACCAGGUCUGCCUGGAAAGACUGGUGAUGAUGGCAAACCAGGCCUGAAUGGGAAGAAUGGUGAAGAUGGAACACCUGGAGAAGAUGGGAGGAAGGGGGACAGAGGUGAACCUGGAGCACCUGGAAGAGAUGGACGGGAAGGUAUUAAAGGAGAGAGAGGGACUAGUGGGCCCCCUGGCCCUCCCGGGCCUCCUGGUAUCCCUGGUGCCCCUGGAGUCGUUGGUCCACCGGGACAGAGUUUGCCAGGCCUCCCUGGGACAUCUGGACCAAAGGGAGACAGAGGGGAGUCUGGAGUCAAAGGAGAGAAGGGGCUAAUGGGUGAACCUGGGCCACGAGGAGACCCUGGCACAGCACAGAAUAUUGAACGUGCCCUAGAAACCUACGGUAUCAAGAUUUCCUCGCUGCGUGAGAUCACUGGUGCUUAUGAUGGGAGCUCUGACCAAUUGCUCCCUGAUCGCCGGAGAGGCUUGAAAGGUGACAGAGGAGAUCCAGGUGAUAGAGGACCACCGGGCAAAGAUGGGCUCAUUGGCUUCCCUGGAGAAAGGGGGGCAAAGGGAGAGAAGGGAGACCAAGGCCAGCCAGGCCCUCAAGGCCCAACAGGACGUGCCAUUGGAGAAAGAGGACCAGAAGGACCAUCUGGCCAGCCAGGGGAGCCUGGGAAACCAGGAAUUCCAGGAGUGCCAGGCCGUGCAGGUGAACUUGGAGAGGCUGGCAGGCCUGGAGAGAAGGGUGAUCGGGGUGAAAAGGGUGCACAAGGGGAAUCGGGCAGAGAUGGCCUCCCUGGGCCACCAGGACCCCCAGGACCCAAGGUAGACAUGAUGGAUGGAAGCACCUCAGGCUUUCCAGGGGAACGUGGUCCACCGGGACCCAGAGGAAGCAAGGGAGAGCCAGGCGAAGAUGGCGCGAAAGGCUCUAGAGGCGAUAAGGGUGAACCUGGGCAGAAGGGAGAACGAGGUGAAGCUGGUGAAAAAGGCAGGGAUGGCUCUCCAGGCCUUCCAGGAGAGAGAGGCCUUGCAGGCCCAGAAGGAAAAGCAGGCCUGCAGGGUGUUAGAGGGCCACCCGGCCCAGCUGGUAACCAAGGAGAUCCUGGACCACCAGGCCCUGCUGGUCUUGUUGGCCCUCCAGGCCCUCAAGGUCUCCCUGGGAUAAAGGGAGAUACUGGAGAACCUGGUUCUGGCAUCCGGGGCUUGCCAGGUCCUCCAGGGAAUGUUGGAUUCCCAGGACCACAAGGACCUCCUGGGAUUGUGGGUCUACAAGGCCCUCCAGGGUUACCAGGACAAGUGGGUGAGCCUGGGAAACCAGGUGUAUCUGGCAGAGAGGGACUGGCAGGGAAAGAUGGGGAAGCUGGACCACCUGGAAAAAUGGGUAAUCCAGGACCUGUAGGACCUGCUGGUCCUAAAGGAGAGCCUGGAGAUGCUGGGCCUCCAGGACAGACUGUUGCUGGGCCUCCAGGCAUAAAAGGCGAGAAGGGUGAAGCAGGUGAUUUUGAUGGGGAAAUUUUUGGAAAACCGGGUGUCAAAGGUGAGCGAGGUCUACCAGGCCCUCGAGGAGAGAAGGGGGACCCUGGUAAUGCGGGGGAACCUGGAGAUCCUGGAGAAGAUGGAGCUAAAGGAUCUCCUGGGAUCAAAGGAGAAAAGGGUUCAGUUGGAGUUGGCCUACAAGGACCACCAGGUCAGACUGGACCUCCAGGCUUGAAGGGAGAUCCUGGAUUACCUGGUCCACCAGGACCCCCAGGUUUGCGAGGUGUGGCUGGGACUCCAGGCCAGCCAGGCCUGAGAGGAGAGAAUGGGCUGACAGGUCAGACAGGACCUCCAGGGGAGAGGGGUCUUACUGGCUUCCCUGGGAGAGAUGGCACCGCAGGAUCUCCAGGGCCCCCUGGACCUCCAGGGCCAGGAGGCACACAAGGCAUUGCAGGAGUGAAAGGUGACAAGGGGGAUACAGGCGCUGGACAACCAGGUGCUAGAGGAGAGCGAGGAGAUCCAGGGGCACGGGGUGAAGAUGGGCGCCCAGGGAUGGAGGGAGACCGUGGUCCUGCAGGGCCUCCAGGAAACAGAGGGGAGAGAGGUGAUAAAGGAGAUGCUGGGCCUAUGGGGCUAAAGGGAGACAAAGGUGAUACUGCCAUUGUGGAAGGCCCAUCAGGUGCUCGAGGGAACAAAGGAGAGCCAGGAGACCGUGGCCUUAAAGGGAUGGAAGGAGACAAAGGUGAUAAAGGAGACCAGGGUGUCCCUGGAGAGAAGGGAUCAAGAGGUGAACAGGGAGAAAAAGGUUCAACAGGAUUUCCAGGUGCACGAGGUCCUGGCGGGCAGAAGGGAGAAGUUGGUGCAUCUGGGGAACCAGGAGAGCCGGGUCAACCUGGGAAGGAUGGUUUUCCAGGAACCAGAGGGGAAAAGGGAGAGAUGGGAUCCUUUGGAAUGCGAGGCCCAAAGGGAGAAAGGGGAAUGAAAGGAGCCUGUGGCCAGGAUGGAGAUAAAGGUGAAAAGGGAGAGCCAGGUCUACCAGGCCGAAUGGGAACUGCUGGAAGGAAAGGUGAUGCUGGGGAGACGGGCAUGCCUGGAUCCCCAGGAAUCCCUGGGAAAGAAGGUCUCAUAGGACCCAAGGGUGACAGAGGAUUUGAUGGCCAGCAAGGAUCCAAAGGAGACCAAGGAGAAAAGGGGGACAGGGGUGCUCCAGGCAUCAUUGGUUCCCCAGGACCAAGAGGAAAUGAUGGACCUCCUGGGCCCAUUGGGCCUCCUGGUAGCAUUGGACCAAAAGGCCCAGAAGGCAUUCAGGGGCAGAAAGGGGAACGAGGACCCCCAGGAGAGUCAGUUCCAGGACCACGAGGAGCUCCAGGUAUGGCAGGAGAAAGAGGAGAACAGGGAAGCCCAGGGCUUGAUGGUCCCAGAGGAGAGAAAGGAGAGCCUAGCAUGACGGAAGAAGAGAUCCGGCUGUAUGUCAGGCAGGAGAUGAGUCAGCACUGUGCUUGUGGAGGCCAGUUCUCCCCUCCUGAACGACGUCUUGUACCCAACUAUCCAUCCACCCAAACGCUUCCGUCUGUUAAUGCUCAAAUAGUCCCUGUGCUUAAGUUGUCCCAUGCUGAGGAAGAGGAAGGGAGCCAUGUGCAAAAAAUAGUGGAGACAGGUGAGCCUGAGUAUGAGUACUUCUAUACAGAGGAGGACUACGACGAGGGCCUGGGAGCAGAUGGGACAGAGAGUCCUAUGCUGAGGGAUGAAGUAAUGAGCCCAAAGGCAGCUCCCAAGCACGGACGGCAAAAGAGAGCUCUUCCUGAGGAAGGCAAUCUAUGUGCCUUGCCCUUGGAGGAAGGAGACUGCAGCAAAUACACACUGAAGUGGUACUAUAACCAAAAAGUAUCAGAGUGUCGGCCCUUCAUCUACAGCGGUUGCAGGGGAAACCGCAACCGCUUCAACUCCAAGGAAGAUUGUGAGGUUCAGUGCAAGUCACAGAGAGAUGCAGGUGAAAGAACAUAGGAUGGGAACAGAAGUGUAUAAACUCUGUAAGGGAUUUCAGUUUUGGGAGAACUGGAGAAGUAACCAAAAGAAGAGACCAAGUCUUGUGGCUCCCAACCCAUUCUUAGCCUGCACAAGGCUUUAAGAGACAUAUAUACACUCACACACAAAGCAUUCAAUCUGAGGCUUACUUUGCUGCCAUUUCUAUGCCCUGCAGCACAGUUGUGUGUUCUUGUCUGUGUGUAAAUGGACUGCUUCAACUGGAGCAGAGAAAUGGUGCUAUUCUUUUUAUUAAAAAAGUAUUUUUGUUGCUCUUGAAUUAUUUCUUAAAUUAAGGUGAAAUUUUUAUCAAAUGGGAUACAUAGCUUAACCUCUUUUAUAUAUGAUAUAAAAAGACAUAUUUUUAAUUAGAGCUCUCUUAACUUAUUAAUGAUAGCUGACUGAUGACACAUGGAAUGUAUUCUAGCCAGACCAAACUGAUUUUAUUUGUAACUUGCUUUAAUUUGGGUUUAUAGGACUGCCAGGUUUUCUUCUGUGAGUGGAUUAGUAGGAAACUUGUCUGACUUUUCCUGGGGAGCCAAAAUGCUCUUCUAUUAAUGAAUAAUGACAUACAUAUGAGGACAGAACAAUCAUAUGUUUCACUGCCAAAGUUAGAAUUCAGUGUUUUAUAUAGCUAUUGUUAUCAAAGUUAUCAGCAUAUUUCUGUGGCUAUAGACCCAACCAUCCCUUUAUUUUUUAUAGUUUUACACCUUUUAUUAAGUGAGGCUCAAGGAGUGCCAGGCUGCAGGUCUGUUGGGAAUAAGAAUUUUUCACUUGGAAAGAACUAAUCAGUUCUUAUUAAGGACAUCCUCCACAAAAGAAACUUCCGUUUACAUGUUAUUCUCUUCCAACCAUUUUCCUUUCCUUCUCCCUUUCUGUCUUAGCCUUCCAGUGCCGCAUUUUAGUAGCACAACUUUGUUUUUAUUUUUUUAAUGUAGUUGUGAAACAUAGUGACUUUCUGUCUGAUUUCCUUUGUGCUAACAUCCUACACUGAAAAUACCUUUGUGGCACUUGAAAGCUGUCUUGGGCCCCAUAUUGGGAGAAAGGUGGGAUAUAAAUUAAUUAAACAAAGUAUACAAAAACUUGCUAUAACCUUAAAGAUAUUAUGAGAAUCUCUGAAAAUGGAAAUAUGACAAAUCAGAUUUGAGUGUCCAGACAUAUUCAUGAUUCACUACUUAUGACACUGGAAGAUUUGAGCAAUUGCGAUUUGAUAGCCAGCCAUCCCAAAUUCUGUCCUUUAGGAACCUCUUUAAGAACUGUCCAAACUAUUCCAAAGAAGUGAGAUACAAAUAUAAUGUACAAAUACAAUAAUAAUAAUAAUAAUAAUAAUAAUAAUAAUAAUAAUAAUAAUAAUACCUUAUUUCUACCCCGCCACCAUCUCCCAAAAGGGACUCGGGGGGGCUUACAAAGCACUCGUAAUAAAACAAUACAUAGGGUGCACUACAGAUACAUCAAUAUCAAAGGAAAACAUAAUUCACAUCAUCAGUACGUAACAAUACCACAGUAAAAUCAAUCAACCCUUAAAUACACACCAAUAAAAUGUUAUGGUAAAUAAAACAGACAACAAUAGGUCUUCUGGAAAGAGUUUUCUUUUUGCAUGGGUCUCUCCAGCUAGCAGUGGGAGGAUAGAGGAAUCUGGGUAGCCAAUUUAGCCAUCAUGAUGAUGAUGAUGAUGAUGAUGAUGAUGAUGGUGUAGUAUUUGUAUUCUGCCCUAUCUCCAUAAUGGGAGAUAUUCAAAUUUUUAAUGUUAAGAAUAUUCAGUCAAUCAGAUGUCUCUUUUGUAUCUUUACUUACUUUUGGCUUUGGAUAUUUGGAUUGGCAUGUCUUCUUUUUUCAAGGUAAAAUGUUCUAAAUUAUUUUGUCGUUCUUAUUUGCUUGGGAUUUCACAAUAUUGACUAAUUUUGAGUCACCUGUACAUUUGACUACCUCACUGCUCAUCACUGAUUCCAGGUCAUUUAUGAAUAAUCAAACUAGCCAGACAUGGUACAGAUCCUUGUGGGAUCCCACCACUUAAUUCCCUCUGUAGCAAAUACUGUCCAUUUAUUCCUACUUAGUACAUUAUGUUCUUCAACCACUUAGUGGUAUCUAAGAGGACCUGAUUUUUUUAAGGGUGUUUAGUUGGUAGGAUAGGGUGAAUAAAAUUGUUAAAGAACUAGAAAAUGCUAAAGAUUAGGAUACAACUUCUUUAUUGUAUCCACCAUAUAGGCCCAUAUUGCUGUAAAAGAUGAAAGAGGAAACACCUUUUUAUUUAAAUAUUGCUCAUCAGUGAGAAAAAGAAAUCAUUUGAAAAAGUUUCACCUUAAUUUGGAACACCAAACAAUAGUUUGAAAUAACCAUGUGUUGCAGGACAUUACACAAAACUUACAUUUAAUUUUUGUAAGUGGCUUCUAUGUGAAGCACUUGUUGCAUUGGCUUUUUAAAACCUACAUAUUAUAGAAAUAUUCAGUGAAAUGCCGAGAAUGGUGCUAUGCUAUUAUGUUGCUAUUACUACUGGGCAUUUUUAAAAAGCUUUGCAAUAAUGUGUGUUUCAAUUCUGGUUUUCCAUUAUUGCCUUUUCUCAGCUUUUAAGCUUUUUAGCUAAACGGCUGCUUCUUUUCCUCUCCAUUCAGACUCUACAUUUUGGUGCAAAAUCUGAUGUAAUCAGUAGUUUUAGUGCUCUCUGUAGAAAAUUGAUGGCAAUGGAGAAGCAACUGUAUAUGUAAAAAUAUAUGUAUACUACGGUGCUUGUAUGAAACACGUCAAUGACAGAAUGUGUGAAUAUUAUUUGGUGCAGUUGCAAUAACUAUUUGGUGCUUCUUUGGCUGGGUAAGCAGCACUUCAUAUCCCACCAAAUAAUUCUGGAAUCAAUGGGUUAUGGGUUGCUUUCUUAGCAGGUUGUUUAUUAAACAACCCAGUCUUGAACAUUUCUUCUUAAUCUUACAUAGGCUUCACUGAGGGAUUCUGAUUUUAAUUCCCAUUGAAUUUCAACAGUAUGGGUUCAGUAUCUCUUAUCCAAAAUGUUUGGGAGCAGAGGUCUUAUAUUUAAUAAUUUUCUGCAUUAAACAAGGUUUGUGUACAUCAAACUACUGUAUCAGAAAACAAAGGUGUCACUCUGUCAGUCACCCCCUUAGACCAUUUUGAGUAUAUUGGACUUUGGAAUUCCAGAUAAAGUGUGCUCAACUCAUACCUGUGACUUGUUAAGAGGAGUCAAGUCAGUAAUACUUACAGUGAUGCUUGAUUAGUUAUGACCAUUGUUUUAUGUUGAACUGUCUUCAGGGGCUCAAAUAUAUUCAUGAGUGAUAUCACCAAACUGUAAAAAUAUGGGAAAAAACCAUAAUUCAAUAGAAUGCUAUCAUCCCAGCCUUAUCCCAAUUCAUGAGGCUAAACUUAUUUUGCAUUUCUCUGAUACAAUUACAGAUAUGAUCAAUGUAGAAAUGUAAUUCUUUGAGCGAAAGGAAAGGUACUGUCAAGAUAAAAUUCCCUUUCCAAAGAGAAGAGCGAAAGUGACAUUUGAAUGGUAAUAUCUUUGCUGUCAUGUUAAAUUAGCUCCCAGUAUAUCUGAUCCAGUCUUCAUUGCCUCCUGUUGGAAAGAGGAUAAACAUAUGCAGGAGACUAUGUCAUUUAUAUCAACAACAAAAAGUAUAUGCUAUGUUAUUUUACUGUAGGUCCCACAUCUGUAUUUCUUGGAUUUGUGGAUUCCAGAAAAUAGUAAUAGUCUUUUUAAAAAUUACGUUCUAUGGCACUUGAACAAAUUUGCUGCAGCAUUACAUUUCAUAGAUUCUGUGAAUAAAUCUCACCAGCCACUUAAGUUGUCAAGCAACAUCAAUACUACCAUGCAAGGACCUGACUGAAGCUGUCUCUCCUUGAAUAAACUUCUAGGAAAAGUUGUCUUUUGUCUUCUGUCUAGAAUGCUUGCAAAGAAAACAAAAGAUGUUGGCCAAAUAACAUAAUCAAUCCUUGGUAUGUAUAUGUUAUGCUUGCUGACCUAAUUGUUUUAUUCCCAUGAUACUGAAUGCAGAUAUAGCUGCAGAUAAUUUCCUUUUUAAUGCCUCCAAUUCUGCUGUAUGAUGCAAAACCCCAAUUGUGGUAAACAAAUAAAUGUUUGUGGUACCUCA